UUGAAAAUGAUUUCAAAAAUCUCAUAAUUCAUUUAAAAUAUCAUAACUCAUCUCGUUUCAAUAUUAAGUUUAACACUACAAACAGGGUCGGCAAAAGCUAUGGGCGACCUGAGUGACUGCCCAGAGCGCCAGCACGAAAGGGGCGCAAAACUGAAAAUUGUUUUUUUUCAAUUUAUCUUUUAAUACGCAUUAACAAUCUAUGCAAUUUGAAUUAUUCAUUAUCUAAUGUCGUUUUAAUUGAAGAUGCAUCUGCAAUUGUCUUAUAUUUGUAUAAUGCAGGAAUAUAUCAAUGCAUCGAUACCGCAGGUUAUUACUGUGUGUGAACCGCAGAAGACCUCAGUGGAACUAGGGAGCUUAGAAGUUAAUAGACUUAUUUACGCGUUUAAAAUGACACCGCAAAAAUGAAGAGCCACCAAAUCAUUAAUACCAAUGUCGCAAACAUCGUUAUUUCCGGUUUCGUCACGAGAUUUAACUAUUGACUGCUCUAUCCUUUUUUAAUUACGGUUUUUCACGAGUCCUGUCUCCAACCAAAGAUCUAACCUCUGUUCGUGAUAUUCAACCACGUUAUUUAGCGGAUAUUAAUUUAUUUGUAGUUUUUUGUGUAUCUAGUUAACAUCUUCAAAUGGAUCCUGCUGCAAAACAGAUUGAAGUCGCUGGUGGUGAAAAAAACCCUGUGGCCGAAAUGCCGACUACUUCUACUCUACAGGCAACAAGUAGUAACAAUUCUUUGAAAAAAAAGAAAAGAAAAAUCAUACUUGAUUGUACUGAACCUGUGAAUAUCAGUAUUUUGAAUCUCAAACAUUUUAAAACCUUCAUUGGAUUAAAAAUGAGAUAUAAUGAUGAAACUGAAAACUCCGAAGAUGUCAUUUCUGUAAAAAGGACAAAUACCAAAAUUAUUAUUUUUUCUGAUGUACCUUUCACGAAAAGAUACUUGAGAUUCUUGAUGAAGUCAUACUUCAAAAAGUGGGAGAUAGCAAAAUUGUGGAAACUAGUUGAAAUUGGACCAGACAGUUAUGCAUUCAGAUUAUUAAAUUUGGUCACUAUUAAAGAUAUCGAGUCGAAAAUUAAUGAGAUAUAUUCCGAUGUAAAUUCUAACUCUGAAUAAAAUAAAAAUAUUAAUUUUAUCACUAAUUUUUUAUAU